AUGUGUAAACGUCCAUUUUGGAAAACGCCCUUGCUUUGGGUUCUUCCUCGGUGCAGAAUCUGUAGAUUUUCUCUUGAAGAGGGUGAAGAUUUCGUUAUAGUGACCGUGGACGGUUAUCGGACCCAAUCUUUCACGUACUCAGCAAACCAAAGUUUCCAAGACGAAGAUCUCAGACGACGCAUUUAUUGCAGCAAAUAUGUUAGCAGUUGGUUGCUUGAUGAAGUAGCCAUUGCUUGUCAUCGCGACUGUCUCAAAUUCGCCUGUAAGCUUGUGCCGUGGGCCGAGUUUCGACCAGCGUCGGAUCGGGAGGCAUCAUCCAUAGCGAAGGCUAGGCUCAACUACUCCGGCACCAAUUUCAAGCAGUCGCGGUUUAAAAACAAUUUGAUUGCCAUCUACGGAAGGUACAGGGAAUCAAUUCCUGCUGACGCCCACAGUCCCUCAGAGCAAGAAAUGGUCGGCGACCACAGCACAUCCUCAACUUCUUCGUCUAGCAUUAACCAGGGCGGUGCAAUUGGAACACCUAUUUCUCGGCUGUUCGCAAACAGCAUCUACUGGUACGAUCCCACUCCUUCCGAGGAGCAGCACAGGCUUCAGGUCUUACGGGAAGAACUGGGGUGGAUACUCAGCGAGACCUUGAGUCCAAGUGGGAAACUACCUUGUGAGAUUUCCACUCUGAUUGCUGACCACCUUAUCCAAUAUUACACUACCACGGCAUCUCUGGUACUUCCUUACGAAGGCGAGUCUACUGUUGGCAUAUCGAAUGACAUUUGGGCAACUUAUAUACAGAUCGACGGCAGAUCGUAUAUAUCCGGCUUAUCAAACGUGCCGACUCGCGAGAACAUGAAACUAAUUCUGCAAGCCGGUAGCCGACAUGGAGAAGACACCCUUUACAUUUUGGGAGAUCAUAUGGGAAUCCAUGAAAUUCAUUUCUCUAGUGGCCUAUCCGAAGCAAUCAAACCAACUGAGUUUUCCUCUUGGUGGCGCGUCCUUCCCCUGGACUCUAAGCAGGACAAGCUCAGCUUUUUCUCAGACGGGACUAAACUUCAAUCACUAUCAAAUUACAUUGCAAGACCAAAUUCACAAAGCCCGCUUCUCGCCGAGCGUAUGCUGUGGGCCGAGCCAAUUACUCCAAACGAACUGUCUAGUCUUAAAUAUGUAUGCUUAAGAUGGUAUGAUGUGUGUUCACAUGGCCUGGGCACCUCCAGGAUGGUUCCCGCCACGAUCAACGCCCCUGGCUGUGCCGGUUAUUCUGUGUACUUCCGGCCACGGCCAGACAAUGAUGCCAUCCUGGGACUCUCAGGUUUUCAUGCACACAGGGCUGGCCAAGCGCUUGAUUUCCAUCGAACAGCAGUAUAUUGCCCAUCUAAUGCAGUGUGCACUUUCGUGCCGAUGAAAGACGGAGAGCGUGUGCAUCAAGUCUGGUAUGGGUGCUCCUUACAGCCUGUGAAUGCCAGCCAUCUUGCUCUUACUUACAAUGUGAUGUGGCAGUUGGUGACAUCCUCUGGGCGAUGCUUGAUUAUCAUCGGAUCGAGCCAUGGUGGCUGCCCAGUGAGAAGACGGAAUAUACACGAGAAAGAGAAAUAUGUCUGGAAGCUAGCAGCUACCGCUUCCUCGAAUGUGGAAGAUCGGUUGUGGCUUGUGUACGACAGCUCGAAAAACGACGUGCUCGCAGGGUUGGCCGGUCCCAGAGCCGGGGAGGAUGUUCCGCUGCCAUCACCGCUGGACAUAACAACUGCAGAUUUUACAGGCGACGAACAGUCUCAGCUUUGCUCCGAGUCUCCGUCUGUUUUCGUCUGGGAACAGUCAAUUUGUUAG